AUGGCACCCGUCACAUUGAAGACGGUCGAUGAUGACCUGAAAGAGGUCAUCCAACAUCUCUUCGAGAUACAAUCCGCCGUCCACGGCUACCUGGGCCCAGAGACGCAGCAAGAGCUCGUGCGAAAGAUCAAAAACCUCACAUUAGCCCUCUCAACCCUUUCAACGCACACCCAACCCUCAUCAAACAGCGAAACCCAACAAGAGCAAAACCAAAAUAUAGACCCCUCAAACCCACCUUUAUCAAGCAUCCAACUCCCACCAGAAAUCAUCGACUACGUGGACUCAGCCCGCAACCCGGAUAUCUACACGCGUGAAUUUGUUGAGCUUGUUCAGCGCGGUAAUCAGGAUUUGCGCGGGAAGCGUGAGGCUUUUGGGAGCUUUCGGGAUGUGCUUGCCCGGGAGAUGAGGAGUGCUAUGCCUGAAUGUCGGGGGGAGGUUGAUCGUGUGGUUGUUGCUUCUGGAGGGACGGUUCCUGAGUCAGAUGGUGGGAAUUGA